CUCUGACUCUCCUGCCUAUUUAUAAAGCCGCCACUGGUCUUUCUCUACUCAUAAUCCAAUUCCUUCUCGUCCUCCCCCGCCCUACGCUGAUCCUCUCUACUGCAUAUUGAGUUGUCCAUUCUUCCCUAUUUUCUCUAAAUUAUCCCUGUCCUACGUUUUGGGAAUCUAUCGGAUUUUCACGAUAACACUUUCUGAUAGAUUGAUUCUCUCUGUGCAUGAUUCACUCGCAAAAAAUGAAGUAUGUAUUGGUGACUGGAGGAGUAGUGAGCGGUCUGGGUAAAGGGGUCACCGCCAGCAGUAUUGGUCUUAUCCUCAAGGCCUCCGGACUUCGGGUUACUUCCAUCAAGAUCGAUCCUUACUUGAACACUGAUGCUGGAACGAUGUCUCCCUUCGAACACGGAGAAGUGUUCGUUCUAGACGAUGGUGGAGAGGCGGAUCUGGAUCUCGGAAACUAUGAGCGAUUUCUGGAUAUAAAAUUGACACGGGAUAAUAACAUAACUACUGGAAAAAUUUAUCAGUCUGUUAUUGACAAGGAGAGGAAGGGAGAUUAUUUGGGACAAACAGUGCAGGUUGUACCUCAUAUAACUGAUGCCAUUCAAGAAUGGAUUGAGCAUGCUGCUGCGAUACCAGUGGAUGGGAAAGAGGGUCCUGCUGAUAUUUGUGUCAUAGAAUUGGGAGGAACUAUUGGAGAUAUUGAAUCAAUGCCCUUUAUUGAGGCUCUCGGGCAAUUUUCGUAUCGUGUAGGCCCAGGAAAUUUUUGCCUGAUCCAUGUCAGUUUGGUGCCUGUUCUAGCUGCUGUUGGAGAGCAGAAAACAAAGCCAACUCAACAUAGCGUUAGGGGAUUGAGAAGCUUGGGACUAUCUCCGAAUAUUUUAGCAUGCCGGAGCACAAUGUUCAUUCUGCAGGAACUUGAUGGAAAUGUUAAAGAAAAGCUUUCCCGUUUUUGCCAUGUUCCGAUAGAGAAUAUUAUAACGCUUUGUGAUGUUUCCAACAUAUGGCGUGUACCUUUACUUUUGCGAGACCAGAAUGCUCAUGAGGCAAUUUUGAAGGUCCUGAACCUCACUGGUUAUAUAAGGGAACCUGUACUUGGUGAAUGGACUUCUAGAGCAGAUCUCUGCGAUCUUCUCAGUGAACCCGUUAGAAUUGCCAUGGUUGGAAAGUACACUGGCCUUGCAGAUUCUUAUUUGUCUGUGUUAAAAGCUCUUUUGCACGCUUCUGUUGAGUGUCAUCGAAAAUUAUGUGUAGACUGGGUUCCUGCUACUGAUCUUGAAGAUGCAACUGCGGAAGAGAAUCCCAACUCUCAUAGAAGUGCUUGGAAGUUGCUGGAGGGAGCAGAUGCCAUACUAGUUCCUGGAGGUUUUGGUGACAGAGGAAUAGAGGGUAAGAUUCUGGCUGCAAAGUAUGCCCGUGAGAAGAGAAUUCCAUAUCUUGGGAUAUGCCUAGGGAUGCAAAUUGCUGUCAUUGAGUUUGCACGUUCCAUCCUUGGACUACAGAAUGCAAAUAGCACCGAAUUUGAUUCAAACACUAAGAGCCCUUGUGUUAUUUUGAUGCCAGAGGGUUCAAAAACCCAAAUGGGAGGUACUAUGCGUCUUGGAUCAAGGAGGACCUACUUGCAUGGAACCUCAAGUAAAUCGGCUAAACUAUAUGAUCAUCGGAGUUUUAUUGAUGAGAGACAUCGACAUAGAUACGAGGUAAAUCCUGAUAUGGUUCCACAACUUGAAGAUGCAGGACUCUCUUUUCCUGGAAAAGAUGAAAGUGGUCACCGAAUGGAGAUCGUGGAACUGCCUAAUCACCCAUAUUUUGUUGGCGUUCAAUUUCACCCAGAGUUCAAAUCAAGACCAGGGAAACCUUCUGCUCUUUUUUUGGGGCUUGUGGCAGCAGCCUGUGGCCAGUUGGAUGCGCUGUUGAAGAAAGGUUCAACAAAGGCACGCAAAACGAGCAGUGCUUCCUCAACAACAAAGUCGCAAUUGUAUGAAAAGGCGACGAAGUUAGUCAGUAGCGUUUACUGUAAUGGGAAUGGCUUGCAUGUUUGAGUGAUUAAAAGAAUUGACCUGUGACAUCAUAUCAUCAUUCUGUUUUGGGUGAAUCCCCAUUUAGUUUCAGGCGUUUCUGUUUGAAGAACAUGCUAAUUUUGUAGGUUUUACAGUUAGCCUUGAAGAUUUGUCCGUGGAGUGCAGCUGGAUUCCGGCCUUUUAAUAGGACAUAUUGAUUGUAGUUGCUGCAGCACAGCGCUGCCUAAUAGAUCGUCGUGGUUAUUAAGAUUUUGUUAAGAGGAUAUUUUCAUCUAAAGGCGUACUUUAGCAUCUUCAAUUCA